AUGUCGGACGGAGAAGAGACCCAGUCCAACCCCCCCGUCGCCGCCGAUGAGGUCGAGGUUUCCGCUGACGCUGGCUCCGGCCAGAUGUCCGUCCUCGAUGCCCUGAAGGGUGUCCUCCGCAUUUCCCUCAUCCACGAUGGUCUUGCCCGUGGUCUCCGUGAGGCCGCCAAGGCUCUCGACCGCCGUGAGGCUCACAUGUGUGUCCUCAACGAGGGUUGCGAGGAGGAGGCUUACAAGAAGCUCGUUGUCGCUCUCUGCUCUGAGCACAAGAUCCCCCUGAUCAAGGUUCCCGAUGGAAAGAUGCUCGGCGAGUGGGUCGGUCUCUGCACCCUUGACCGUGAGGGUAACGCCCGCAAGGUCGUCAACUGCUCUUGCGUCGUUGUCAAGGAUUGGGGUGAGGAGUCCCAGGAGCGCUCCGUCCUCCUCAACUACUUCCAGACCGAGCAGUAG